CCCUGCCAGGCUGGCCCCGAGGCGGUGCUGCGCUGUGCGGAGGCCCUCCCGCGGGAGGCGCGGGCGUGGAGGGCGUGGGCCGUGGGCGGGGCGAGCCCCGCAGCCCGGGUGCUGGGAGCUGUCAGUGUCAAGCUCAGGAGAGAGGAAGUGAUCGCUCCGGGAGGAGCGCUAGCCUAGCCGCGCAGCGUGAGACAGCACAUCCUGCUGGCGCGGGCCCGCUGCUCCCCGUCCUCCCGCGCCUCCUCCACCACCUCAGUGAGCCUCCGCAGACAGCAUCCAGGAAGCAAAUAUGUCUGACAAGAGCGACCUAAAAGCUGAGCUGGAGCGCAAAAAGCAGCGCUUAGCGCAGAUAAGAGAGGAGAAGAAACGGAAGGAAGAGGAGAGGAAAAAGAAAGAGGCAGAUAUGCAGCAGAAGAAAGAGCCCGUUCCAGAUGACUCCGAUCUGGACCGCAAACGACGAGAGACAGAAGCUUUGCUUCAGAGCAUCGGCAUAUCGCCGGAGCCCCCUCUAGUCCCAACCCCUAUGUCUCCCUCUUCGAAAUCAGUGAGCACUCCCAGUGAAGCUGGAAGCCAAGACGAUCUGGGGCCAUUAACAAGGACCCUGCAGUGGGACACAGACCCCUCAGUGCUCCAGCUGCAGUCAGACUCAGAACUUGGGAGAAGACUGAACAAGCUGGGCGUGUCAAAGGUUACCCAGGUGGAUUUCCUGCCUAGGGAGGUGGUAUCCUACUCCAAGGAGACACAGACUCCUCUUGCAACUCAUCAGUCAGAAGAGGAUGAGGAAGAUGAGGAGAUGGUUGAGCCCAAAGUUGGUCAUGAUUCUGAACUGGAAAAUCAAGACAAAAAGCAGGAGACAAAGGAAGCCCCUCCAAGAGAGCUGACGGAAGAAGAAAAACAGCAGAUCCUGCACUCAGAGGAAUUCCUCAUCUUCUUUGACCGAACGAUCCGAGUGAUUGAACGAGCUCUGGCUGAGGACUCUGACAUCUUUUUUGACUACAGCGGCCGAGAGCUGGAGGAGAAAGAUGGGGAUGUACAGGCUGGAGCCAACCUUUCUUUCAACCGUCAGUUCUAUGAUGAGCAUUGGUCUAAGCACCGGGUGGUCACAUGUAUGGACUGGUCUCUCCAGUACCCUGAGCUGAUGGUUGCUUCUUAUAGCAACAAUGAAGAUGCUCCCCAUGAACCAGAUGGAGUGGCCUUGGUUUGGAACAUGAAGUUCAAGAAAACCACACCAGAAUAUGUCUUCCACUGUCAGUCCUCUGUGAUGUCAGUCUGCUUUGCCCGUUUCCAUCCUAAUUUGGUGGUUGGUGGCACCUAUUCAGGCCAGAUUGUCCUCUGGGACAAUCGCAGUCAUCGAAGAACCCCUGUCCAGAGGACCCCCUUGUCAGCCGCUGCACACACACAUCCUGUGUACUGUGUCAAUGUUGUUGGGACCCAGAAUGCUCACAACCUGAUCACUGUCUCUACCGAUGGCAAAAUGUGUUCCUGGAGCCUGGACAUGCUCUCAACCCCACAGGAGAGCAUGGAGCUGGUGUACAACAAGUCCAAGCCUGUGGCUGUUACAGGAAUGGCCUUCCCGACGGGAGAUGUCAACAACUUCGUGGUCGGCAGUGAGGAAGGUACCGUCUACACAGCUUGUCGUCAUGGAAGCAAAGCAGGCAUUGGUGAGGUCUUUGAAGGUCACCAAGGGCCAGUGACAGGCAUUAACUGCCACAUGGCAGUGGGUCCCAUCGACUUUUCUCAUCUGUUUGUCACAUCAUCAUUUGACUGGACUGUCAAACUGUGGACCACAAAGCACAACAAGCCGCUCUACUCCUUUGAAGACAAUGCAGACUAUGUGUACGAUGUCAUGUGGUCCCCCGUGCAUCCCGCGCUCUUUGCCUGCGUGGACGGGAUGGGGCGCUUGGACCUCUGGAACCUCAACAGUGACACCGAGGUGCCAACAGCAAGUGUGGCUAUUGAGGGGGCUUCUGCCCUAAACCGGGUUCGUUGGGCACAAGGUGGUAAGGAAGUUGCAGUAGGUGACUCAGAAGGCCGCAUCUGGAUCUACGAUGUUGGAGAGCUUGCGGUUCCCCACAAUGAUGAAUGGACGCGAUUUGCCCGGACCCUGGUGGAGAUCCGCGCCAAUAGGGCUGACAGCGAGGAGGAAGGUGCGGUUGAGUUAGCUGCCUAAAUGUGAGCCCAGUCUGCACGCUGUGGCUCCCAUCCUUCCAUUCUAGAACUCAGUCUGCAGCCAAGGCCCCUGUGCAGUGUUUGGUGUCCUUUCCGUAUCGGUGUCCCCGUGGCAACUUGGGUGCCAUAUUGUGCAGUGUUUCCCCAUAUCCUCCCCAUGUACCCUACUCACCCGAAAUCCACCACAGCAUUUCUACCUUUGUGUCCCUGUCUCAAGAAACAAAAUGGGGGAGGGAACCCUUAGGGGUUUAGUUGUUGCCUUUUAACUACUUGGUAGCUGUAUUUAAUAGCUGGAAACCUCUGGUUGAAUUUGUGCUUACAUGUACUUCUGGCGUAGUCCUAUUAAAUCCAUAUGAAGCCAGAUAUGAUUGGGUGCAGAUGUGGCGUGCCUCGUGAUACGGUGCAGGGCCAAAGACUUGAGAUGUGGUGUUUUACAUGGUGAUUCACAUUAUGAAUGGAUUUACUACAAGAACAUUGCUGCUCCUUAUUUAUUGUAACGUGCUGCAUGGAACAUAUUUAUUUGAAAGCAUUAAAAUAAACGAUCUUAGAGCA